CGAUGCGCCAGGACUCCCAUUCCUUAGAGCCAUCGGCGCCGCCAGCAGAGGCCGUGGCCACGGUGAUUGUGCCCGCUGUGCCAAAGGCAGUCCCGGCAGUCCCAGCAGUCCCUUCCCCGCCAGCGGCGCCGGCCGCAGCGGCCACUGUGGUUGCAGGAGGCGGCUACCCCAGUGGCCCCAGCGCAGCUGCAAAACCUGCUGCAAAACCCGCAGCACAUCCUAAGGUGUUUGGGGUGAAACCCACCGUUGUCUGGGUGGAUGGAAACCCAGAAGCCUUUCAGACCAGCAGAUUGAACACUGAAAGAGGGAUUACGUUUCAAGGUUUCCCCAGUCCAAAGGGUGGUGGUGGGAGGCCCUGGGUGAGCUACAUCCAGGAAAGAAUGGUGGCCGACGCCCGUGUGGCGGUGGCCAUCAUGAAUUCGAAGCACAAAGAGGAUGCGGCGGAAAUUCGAAAAUUCUGUGAAGAGAGGCGAGUUCAACCCCCUCGAUUCAUCGUGAUGUGUGGAAAAAGAAACACCCCGGAAGAUGUGCGGAGAGAUUGGGGCAUGAAGGACCUCUUGGUGGUGCACGACUGGGGGGAUGCUGCAACCGCGGCACUCAACGAGGUCGGAUCAGCUCACCAUUCAGGUCCAACCGUUCGAGCCGGCGUGGAGAUGUGAAGGCGAAGGUGGCCAGAAGGACAUGAUGGACAUUUAACCAAUGCACAUGGGGAUUCA